AACGUUGAAGUUAAAAGCAUAAUUUUACGACCGAAGUGUGUUGCAGGAGAGAUUACAAUGAGCCAGGAACAGCCUCAGAGACCGCAGCAGCAGGAGGCCGACCAGGGCCAGCAGGAGCGGCUAUUGGAGCCCAUCAAAUACGGGGACGUGUUCAACGUGUCCGGGGACCUCGCGUCCAAGCCCAUAGCCCCGGAGGAUGCGGCCAUGAUGCAAACUGCGGAGGCAAUGGUGUUCGGGCAGACCCAGAAGGACGGCCCUGCUGCUGUGAUACAGUCAGCAGCCCCCUGCAAUGAGCGGGCAGGCCUAGUUGGCCAUAGAGACAUAACCGAUGUUACUGGGGACCAGGGCGUGACCAUUAUUGAAACUGAUGUCCCUGGCAGCCGCAUAAUUACUGAAUCCAUUGCUGGACAGGUUGUGGGGCAGUACGUGCAGUUUACCCCAGUGCAGCGACCAGGCCCUGCGGCUGCAGCUGACCAGAGCACAAUCACAAUAGGGGAAGCCCUUGAGGCGGCGGCACAGACUAUGGGCGGCAAGCCGGUGGACCAGAGCGACGCGGCUGCAAUUCAGGCAGCUGAGGUGAGAGCCACCGGCAGCAAUGUGAUAACCCCCGGGGGAUUGGCUGCCUUGGCCCAGUCGGCUGCUGCCCACAAUGAGCAAAUGCUUCGGGACGAAGAUAAAAUCAAACUGUCUGAUAUCCUCACGGAUGCUACUGUAAAGCUGGCAGCGGACAAGGUGGCAACAAGGCAAGACGCGGAAGAAGUGAUCAGCGUGGAGAUCGGGAACAACCCGAAUCUGGCCACUCAGCCUGGAGGGGUGGCUGCUUCGGUGGCAGCCGCCGCUCGACUCAAUGAGAACGUAACUCAAUAAACAAGGUGGUUAUGCAUACAAUGCAGUGAAGUACAAAACCAGAUCAGCAGUAAUUAAAUUAGUUUUCCUUUUUGUUUCUCCUUCUCUCUUGGGGGUAAGAGACAUGUUUUUGGUGAGACUUUUUUUUGGAAUGUCUCUGUCAGCCUCUACUACUGACCAUGUGUGUGUUCUAUGCUACAACUCUCUGCUGAUACUGUUGUGCUUGGCACUAUGUAAAAUGUUUGAUGUUUGAUCCUAAUGUGGUGUUUGCUACGUA